AUGGCUCAAAGAACCACCAUAACAAAAUCAAACAUUGAGAAUAGUAAGACUACUUUAAAGGCUAAGGAUCAUUCAAGUCAAAGGGAGGCUACUGAUCAAUAUCAUCAUCGAAUCAAGCCUGUUCUAUCUAUGGCUGAAACCUUAAAGGAGAAGGUAGCAAAAUCAACAAAGCCAAACAUCAACAAGACAAUGAUAACCCCUGAAGUUAUAUUGAUUAAUGGAAUCAAAGUCAAGAUAAAUUGCAAGAAUAGUGUAAAAUUGGCUAAAAACUUUGGAGAUUAUGAGAAGAAAAGGCUAGAAGGUCUUGAAUGGCAGAAAUUUGCAAGAAUACUAAAGAAUGUCAAUGGAGAUAUCAAGUUUGAUUUAAAGAUUGUAGAAUUCACUCCUGAAAAUCAAGUCAAGGGAGAUGUAGGCUAUACUUGUAAACACAGAAGAUCUCAUUGCAUACAUCAUGAAGAAUUGAAGAAGGCUUUUAUAACUUGGCCAUUUGCUCUAGCAAUUAUCAAACAACAUNUGAUGUGGGAAUGCACUCUUGGUGCUCCUACCGCUACAUUUGUUGUUGUUUCCACAAAGAACGAUCUCAAAGAUUCACUCUACUGGAAUAGUUUGUUUUAUUCUACUACUGUUGAUGAACCAAUUUCAAAAGAGGAAGGAAUUGAAUUUACAAAAGCAAUAGGAGCUGUCUCGUUUAUUGAAACAAGUGCAAAAACAGGCGAAGGAACAAUUGAUUUCGAUAAGAGACUUGGAUUAUUGACACAUACUCAUUUGCACAUUUUGGAAAACCCACAAAAAAUUGAAACAAACAAGAACCACAAGGAGAAGAAAUGUACUGUUCAGUAG